GAAGGGGCUUGAGUGCCGCCGCCUUGGGUCACCUUCCCACGGCCUGGCCCCUGGGCGCGGGCGCUUUCCCAGACACCGGCCGGCGGGUCCCGGCGCCCAACCCUGGGGGGCCUGGUGCUGCGGCCAGGGGACGCGGCUGAGGCUGCCGCGACCUCCCAGGCCGGUCCCGGGGGCGGUGCCUUGAGGGCUGGCUCUCCGGGCCCCUCCCCUCUCCGCGGGCCCAGUAGUCGCCCUUUGGCCAGGCAAGCUAAUCAUCGCGGCCCAAUGACGACGAGGCCCGACUCUUCCCGCCCAGGACCCAGAGAGACAACCGAGGGGGAGCCCGAGGCGGCUUCAUUGCUGUCGCCUCCACCGCCGCUGCAGCAACAGCUCCCGGGUUGCACAGAGACACCUGCUCACCUCUGCUGUCCCCAACUCCCGGCCCUCCGGGACGGCACCUAACAACAACCGGCGCCCGCUUCUGGACUUGGCUGGCGAGUACUUUGUAUCAGAAGAAGGCUUGGGACCCGGGACCAUCGAGGUCGUGGGGAUCCAGGGAACAUGGGAACCGGAGUCCCAUCCUCGGAGCAAACCAGCUGUGCCAAAGGGGAUCCACAGGUUUAUUGCGCUGAAGGUGCUGGAGGCACUGAGGCUGUGCAGGUUACUGAUUGCGAGAGCCCUGAGGAUGAUCGACCCCAAAAUGAGCCGAGCUACCACAAUCCAGAGGACUCUGGGCAGCUGAUGGCUUCCUACGAGGGUCAAGUUAAGGGCUACCAGGUCCCUCCCUUUGGCUGGCGCAUCUGCCUGGCUCACGAGUUUGCAGAGAAGAGGAAACCCUUUAAUGCCAAUGACAUCUCUCUAAGCAACCUGGUAAAGCAUCUGGGCAUGGGCUUGAGGUACUUGCAGUGGUGGUACCGGAAGACCCAGGUGGAGAAGAAGAAACCCUUCAUCGAUCUCAUCAACUCUGUGCCCCUGAGACAGAUCUAUGGUUGUCCCUUGGGUGGCAUCGGAGGAGGCACCAUCACCCGAGGCUGGAGAGGCCAGUUCUGUCGUUGGCAGCUUAAUCCUGGCAUGUACCAACACCGGACAGUCAUCGCUGACCAAUUCACAGUAUGCUUGCGUCGGGAAGGGCAGACUGUGUAUCAGCAAGUCCUAUCUGUGGAGCGCCCAAGCGUCCUGCGCAGCUGGAACUGGGGCCUGUGUGGAUACUUUGCAUUCUACCACGCCCUCUAUCCCCGAGCCUGGACUGUCUAUCAGCUUCCUGGCCAGAAUGUCACCCUCACCUGCCGCCAGAUCACACCCAUCUUGCCCCAUGACUACCAGGACAGCAGUCUGCCUGUAGGAGUCUUUGUGUGGGAUGUGGAAAAUGAAGGGGACGAAGCCCUGGAUGUGUCCAUCAUGUUCUCCAUGCGGAAUGGACUGGGAGGUGGAGAUGAUGUCCCAGGGGGUUUGUGGAAUGAGCCCUUCUGUCUGGAGCAUGAUGGGGAGACAGUCCAGGGGCUGCUGCUGCAUCAUCCGACCCUUCCAAAUCCCUACACGAUGGCUGUGGCUGCACGGCUCACGGCAGAUACGACAGUUACCCACUUCACAGCCUUUGACCCCGACAGCGCUGGGCAGCAGGUGUGGCAGGAUCUACUUCAGGAUGGACAGCUGGACUCCCCCGCUGGCCAAAGCGCCCCCUCGCAGAAAGGGGUAGGCAUCGCUGGGGCUGUGUGUGUUACAAGCAAGCUGCCACCUCGAGGACAGUGCCGCCUGGAAUUCUCACUGGCUUGGGACAUGCCCAGAAUCAUGUUUGGAGCUAAAGGCCAGGUCUACUGCAGGCGGUACACGAGGUUCUUCGGCUCAGAAGGUGAUGCAGCACCCGCCCUUAGCCACUAUGCACUGUGUCGAUAUGCAGACUGGGAAGAGAGAAUCUCAGCUUGGCAGAGCCCAGUAUUGGACGACAGAUCCUUGCCUGCCUGGUAUAAAUCUGCACUGUUCAAUGAACUAUACUUCCUGGCUGAUGGAGGCACAAUAUGGCUGGAAGUUCCUGAGAACUCCCUACUGGAAGAGUUGGGGGGGAACAUGUGUCAGCUCCGCCCCAUCCUACAGGAGUACGGUCGCUUUGGCUACCUUGAAGGCCAGGAAUAUCGCAUGUACAACACAUAUGAUGUCCACUUCUACGCUUCCUUCGCCCUCAUCAUGCUUUGGCCCAAACUCGAGCUCAGCCUCCAGUAUGACAUGGCUCUGGCCACACUCAAGGAGGACCUGACAUGGCGACAGUACCUGAUGAGUGGGGUAAUGGCACCUGUGAAAAGGAGGAACGUCAUCCCCCAUGAUGUUGGAGACCCGGAUGACGAGCCAUGGCAUCGCGUCAAUGCAUAUGUGAUCCAUGACACUGCGGACUGGAAGGACCUGAAUCUAAAAUUUGUGCUGCAAGUUUAUCGGGACUAUUACCUGACGGGUGACCAGGGCUUCCUGAGGGACAUGUGGCCCGUGUGUCUGGCCGUGAUGGAGUCUGAAAUGAAGUUUGACAAGGACCAAGAUGGACUCAUUGAAAAUGGAGGCUAUGCAGACCAGACCUAUGAUGCAUGGGUCACCACAGGCCCCAGCGCUUACUGUGGAGGACUGUGGCUGGCAGCUGUGGCUGUGAUGGUCCAGAUGUCUGCUCUGUGUGGGACACGGGACGUCCAGGAUAAGUUUUCUUCCAUCCUUAGCCGGGGCCAAGAAGCCUAUGAGAGACUGCUGUGGAAUGGCCACUAUUACAACUAUGAUUGCAGCUCUCAGCCUCAGUCCUGUAGCAUCAUGUCUGACCAGUGUGCUGGCCAGUGGUUCCUGAGGGCCAGUGGCCUAGGAGAAGGAGACACUGAGGUAUUUCCUACCCCACAUGUGGUCCGUGCUCUCCAAACUAUCUUUGAGUUCAAUGUCCAGGCCUUUGCAGGAGGGGCCAUGGGGGCUGUGAAUGGGAUGCGGCCCCAUGGUGUCCCUGACAGAUCCAGUGUCCAGUCUGAUGAAGUCUGGGUAGGCGUGGUCUAUGGGCUGGCAGCUACCAUGAUCCAGGAGGGCCUGACUUGGGAGGGCUUCCGGACAGCUGAAGGCUGCUACCGUACUGUGUGGGAGCGCCUGGGCCUGGCCUUCCAGACCCCGGAGGCAUACUGCCAGCAGCGGGUGUUCCGCUCUCUGGCCUACAUGCGGCCAUUGAGCAUCUGGGCCAUGCAGCUGGCCCUGCAGCAGCAGCAGCAUAAAAAGGCCUCCAGGCCAAUAGCCGAACAGGGCACAGGACUAAACACAGGGCCUACACUUGGACCAAAGGAAGCCAUGGCAACCCCAAGCCCAGAGUGAGCCCUCUGAACUGUGGGAGGGAGGUACUAACAGCCCAGCCUCCAGCCUGGCCUUUACUCCUCCCUCUCCCCAAGUCUCCUGCAACCCUGAGCCACCAGGACAAUCAUGCCCCUUCCCUUCUCCCCACCCAGCCACGCCAGUAAAGGGGUUGAGGGUGACCCAAGCAUCAGAAUCACUUAUUUAUUUCUUUCCUCACCCCAUCCCCUCACUGCAUGAAAUGUUCAAGAAGGUCAGUUGAUUCCCCCAGGCCCACUCACGGGGUAAUAGACAUACAUGGAUAUAAAUAAAAGACCCAGAAAGUU